CAGUGCGCUCAUAACAUGCACAAUAUUACUAUAUUAUAGGUCACUAAACUAACGAUAAACGAAUACUAUGAUAUUAUUAUACGACAGACGACAGUAUUUAUUAUAAUCAGUGUAAUCUGUAAAGCUUUAUUUGUUUAUUGUUUACCACAUCUGAGUGCCCGAGUGGGCCGAGUGUUAGAAUCGACAUUCCAGUAUUCAAUAAAGGUUGUUUCAAAAAACAGUUGUGAUUUCAAGCACCAUUCAUCGCUCUUCUAUUCGGUCGAAAAUCUUUGUUGGAUAUGUUCACCACGCAGCGUUGUUGAGUCCAUCAAAUUACCAGGGAUAUUACCUAUAAACCUAAACAUAAAAAUCAGUGGACAGAAAUCAAUAUCCAGUAUCCUUAWCAUUAACAGCCAUGUCGUCACUGAAAUGGUUUGAAGGCGAUUCCAAAGCAGCACUUCAACAAAUGACGGACMGAAAUUGUGCAUUUUUGAUCUAYAUAGGUAAUGGAAAUGAUGAUCUUACAAAGAUUUUUGAAGACCCAAAUAUAAUUCAAUUGCUGAAUAAUGAACUCAUUUUAUGUUAUAAAAUGGAUCCACUAAGCCCAAGUUUUAAAAACUUUGAAGAUAUUUUCAAUAAUGUUGUUAUUCCAUCAAUUUAUUUACUAGAAAAAAAUAAUACUCAACAACAUAUCAUAAACAAAAAAGAAGUUUUGACAAAUCUUCAUGAUAUUCAUCUGGAUUUAAAACGUCAACUGUUGAAUGCUAUUUGUUGUAUUAUCAAAGAUAUUUCUGACACAAUCAAUGUCAAUGACAAUAAACAGAAAUAUUUACAAUACUUGACUGAAAUUACUAAAAAGUUGCAGCUCAUCGAUAGUGCUAAUAUAAAUGCUGAUGUCCAAAAAGUUACAGAAGAAACUAAAAAAUCUAAUGGUACUGCAAAAAUUAAAUUCAAAGUUCCACAUAAGGAUAUUACAAUUGUUAAAGAAUUUCAAACAACUUCUACACUCAGAGAUAUUGCAACUUAUAUAUUAUGUAAAGUUAAUCUCUCAGAAAGAGGUAUAAAAUUUAUAGCUCAUCGACAAUUUAUUGAACAAGAUUUUAACCAAACAUUGGAUGCAUUAAAUUUAUGUCCGUCAUCAACCAUUUAUGUACAUCUAGAUAUGGAACAAUCAAACCAUUGGUUAUAUUCCGUACUCAACUAUCAAUCUUGGCUWGGGAGUGUACUUAAUUUUAUCAUAAUCAAUCCAUUUCAUUUUAUUCAACAUUUUUUAACAAGUUUUGUGAGACCAUCGCCAUCUAUUGAAGCUUCAAGAACGAUUAAUCGUCAUACCAAAAAUAAAAAAAAAACUGUCAAAAAGUCGACAUAUAAAACAGUUUCUAAUAUCCAUCAACUGAAUAACAACAACUCUGAUGAUGAUGAAAACAACACAUACAAUGGGAACUCUACACAACAAUUGUAAUAUUUAAGUGUCUUUCAUAAAUAAUUUUUGUAUACAUAAUAUACAUGUGUUAAACGGUGUUAAUUU